AUGGCAACUCCGAAUUUUUGGCAUAUUCAACGAAGACGAAAACGUACAAGUGGCGAUUUGCUUGAUGAAAAUUCUCACGAUGGAAAACCAAAGCACGGUUUUGUUACACCGAUGCGUUAUCAGCAAAAAAUCAAGCCUAUACCAAUGGAAUUUUCUGAGUUAUGGAUUGGCGGUUAUCUGGUGAAGUUACCGCUGAAUAUGGUACCGUACACAACUCAACGCACGAUGAUGGCUAAAAUCCUGAAAAGUCUCAAGAACAGACUGAAUGCAUUGAUCGAAAGCCCUACUGGAAGCGGUAAAACCCUAGGUCUUCUAUCAGCCACGUGUGCAUGGCUGGUGAAGUAUAAGGAGGAACGUGAACAAUCGAGAAAAGAAUGUCCCAUAUGUAAUUCAAGUAAACACAUCACUGAAUCCACCGCACCAUCCACUAAUCAAGAGAACAGUAACGAUGCGUGGUCGGUGAACGGUUCUGAGAAUCCUUCCUCAUGCGAAAAUACGAAUACGGAGAAUUCUCUUGACUCGGCAAAUAUCGUGAAUAAAAAACCACUCCUAACAUUGGAAGAAGAGUUUGACGCAGACUUCAGAGCAUCGCCUAGUCCAGCUGUUACAAGAAGGAAAAGUCUCAUCUCGGAGGAUUCGAAACGUUUGAAAUUAGAAAACGGUGAAGAAACGGAGAAGAAAGUUACCGAAAGUCAUACUUGCUUACCGCGAGUGACCAUCUACUAUGGUACAAGAACACAUAAACAGAUCAGUCAAGUGGUGAGUGAAUUCGCUCGCCUACCGUACGGUCAUGAUGAUCGAAUAAGACAUACAAUUCUGGCCAGUCGUGAUCAUUCCUGUAUUAAUCUAGCGGUACGGAACAGCGGCGAUGUGAAUGCGAGCUGUAAAGAGCUGAUAUCAUCUCGCGGAGUAGGAUGCGCUUACAAGAAUGCAAUGCGUGGUAAAUACGAGAAAGCCCAACCACUGCGUCGAUUGGUAUCGAAAGGCAUGCAGGGAUCUAGCAAUGUCUGGGAUAUCGAAGAUUUAGUUGAGGCGUUGAAAGUGUCAAAUCCAACGCUUUGCCCAUAUUUCUCGUCGACACGUGUGCUGACACAGGAUGCUGAUAUUGUAUUUUGUCCAUUCACGUAUAUGAUUGAUCCAAUAAUUCGUGAUAACUCCGAAGUGACACUGAAAAAUGCGAUUGUUAUAUUGGAUGAGGCGCACAACGUUGAGGACGUAUGUCGAGAGGCAGUCAGUUUUUCGUUCACCGAAAAAGAAAUCGUUGCGGCAUGCGCUGAUUUUGGCAAAAAAGAAUUGCAACAAAAUUUCGAUCUUCUCAUUGCAGCCGCCGAUGUGGAAAAAGCGCUGAAUAAAUCGAAGCGAAAACAAACGGCACAAGAGGGAUUGGACAACGUUGACGGAUGGAAAACAGAGCAAACUUCUGAUGCAUUGAACAAUUUAAGUACCAAUUAUGGGACGGUGAAUAAAUUCAUGAGCGAUUUGUUGGACUGGUUUGUUGGAAUGUCAGCCGAAGUUUUGAAUAAAACGGUGGGUCGAGAUGACCGACAAAGCGAAACCUUCUCAUGGGAGCGUUUGUAUACAUCUUUCGAAGAGAGCAAAUUGACAGUUUUCGGUGAAAAAGGAAAAUCUUCAGCAUAUUCGAGUUUACUGGUUCGUCAUUAUUUUCUCUACGUUACUUUUGAUUGA